AUGGGCCGGUCGACUCGGCUGAAGAGUAAAGGGAUGGGGAUGCCGUCGUACGAGGCACAGAUGGAUUUGCGGGACGAUCCACGCAUGCAAAGCGGCGAACCGAAACCUUUGUACCUGUGCCAGCCGUUUGUGCGUAGCACGUUGAUCAAGGGCUCGUUUAAGACGAUUGUUGCGCUACCAAAGUACGUUCAUCCUUACGAGUGGAUUGCAGUCAAUUUGUUUGACUUUUUCCACAAUCUCAACUUGUUCUGUGCUGUGAUUGCAGAGUCGUGCACGCCGCAAAAGUGCUCAACGAUGAGCGCAGGUGUGGGCUUGGACUAUACAUGGGUAGAUGUGAAUCGGAAGCCGAUUCAUCUCCCUGCACCACAAUACAUCGACUAUGUCAUGACGUGGAUCGGCCAGCUUUUGGACGACGAGGCAGUCUUCCCUACCAAGUCUGGCCGCGAUUUUCCCCCAGCCUUCCUUUCUGUCGCACGCCAAAUGUAUAUGCAAAUGCUGCGCAUAUUUGCGCACAUCUACCACGCGCACUUCCCAUUGCUAUUGCAUGUACAGUGCGAGUGCCACUUUAACAGUCUCUUUGCGCAUUUCAUCGCGUUUGGGAAAGAGUUUGGGCUAUUCAACUUCCGUCUGUUCAAAUCGGGUGGCAUUGCUGCACUCGAUGAAGUAAGUAUGCAAGGGCCCUUGAUUGCGCCAAACGGCGACUAUGUGCCAUACCCAGGUGUGUGCGACCUGAUGGAGCGGUGGGUCUACCGAGGGAUCCUGCCAAAAGAGGUGUUGUUGUAA